AUGACUGGGGUGUACAACGCUGACUGUGGAGACGAGAUCUCUCGCUGGCUCACACGUUACUUCGCUGCAGGCAAGACUUUCCGUCUGGUCCACUAUGAGCUCCAGAUGAAGCCCAGGAAGAGUGUGAAGAUAGAGCCACUCUUUCCUGCAGAUGAGGAGGUGGCAUAUUCUGACAGCGCAGCUGUCAUGCUGCUGUCUGAAGCCGCUGUGAAGGACCUGAGCAGCAGGCUGGAUAAGGAUGUCACUGUGUCUCGAUUCCAUCCCAACAUUGUUGUCAGUGACUGUGAAGCCUUCGGUGAGGAUUCCUGUUAUGAUCUCCAGAUCGGGAGUGUGAGGAUAAAGUGGGUCAUGGCAUGUGGAAGGUGCAUUCUCACCACAAUAGACCCUGAAACGGGAAUCAUCACUAGGAAGGAGCCGUUGGACACACUCAAAAGUUACCGUCAGUGCGACCCAUCACAGAAGAAGAUAUAUAAAACAUCACCUCUGUUUGGACAGUACUACAUUUCCAAACAGACUGGGAUCCUUCAUGUUGGGGAGCCUGUCUACACGAUCAGCUACUAAAAGAAUCCUAAAUGUGUGCACCAUUAGACUACUGCUAUAUUGAACAUGUCAGUGUCCAUAGUUAUCAUGUUCCUUGUGUUUUCACUUAUGACUAAUUGACUCCGAUGACCCAAUUGACUUAGUGAUAGUGAUUUUAAUUUAGUUUACUCAAGUUGUUCACUAAUGACCUCCGUCUAAUAGUUGUCCUGGGUGCUAGCACAUUGUAGGGCAUGCUAUCAAUUUGUGCAAAGAAAAAGAACCUAAACUAAUGUAUUUCCCACAGCAAGUUAGUUGCUGAUUACUUGAUUGUGUUAACCUAGGGCAGAAUGCAUUCUCCUCUGCAAUGUUAUGCCCCAAGUGAGCUCCAUCUAAUAAAGGCACAGUUCACCCCAAAACUAUAAACCCCUCAGCUAGUAGAUACCCAGAACAUCUCACAUCUCUAAUCUUGAAAUGAUGAAAAGAGUUCUCAUACGAUUCAAGAAAUGUCCUCUGAAAUGACUCGAAUGGCUAGGUGUAAGGAACACACCCAAAUUAAGCUGUCAUUUACUUCAAACCUUCCCCU